AUGGUCGAGCUGGAGCUGAUGCACAACAUUUACACGAGCGACCUGAGCCUGAUGCCGCGGCUGUCGAGUGCAACGUUCCACCGCCUGGUGCUGAACCUGGCGCCAAAAACGCCCUUCUUGAUGAACGAACUGCUCGCGUUCUCGUCGCGCCACCUUGCCGAGACGCGGCCGGCCCAGGCGGCGUACUAUCAGCACCAGGCGCUGCAGUACCAGACGCACGCGCUGCGCAUCUACAACGAGCAGCGGCACGCGGCGCUCACGUCGCCCGACAGCUGCCUGGCCGUCUUCUUCUUCAGCUGGCUCAUCGGCCAGCACAUGUUGAGCGACGUGCGCGCAGCGGGCGAGACGGCAGGGGACAGCCACGGGACCCACGGGGCCCACGGGACCGGCGACGCGGCCCACAGAGACACGCUCGACCGGUUCAUUGCGUACAUGCACACCUACCGCGGGCUGCGCGCCGUCACGUCGGCCACCUUUGCCGUGCUGAUGCAGACGGACAUGGCCGACCUGAUCCAGGACGUCAUCCGGCGGCUGGACUUUCUGAGCGACGGCCUGGAGACGGCGCCGCUGCGGGACGCUGUGCGCGCGGCGCUCGCUACGGACGGCACCAGCUCGGCCAGCUCGGCCAGCUCGACCAGCUCGGCCAGCUCGACCAGCUCGGAGCGCGAACGCCGCGGGUUCGACGCGGCCAUUGCGCGCUUGCAGUGGGCCAUUGACGCGCGCAACGACGCCCGCCGCCCGGUGGCCAGCCGCCAGGAAGACCUCGUCAUGGCCAUCUCCAUGUGGCCGCUGGUCCUCGGCCGGCGCGUGUUUGCGCGCAUCGUCGACAAGAUGCCGGCCGCGCUGGCCGUGCUGGCCCACUUCGCGGUGCUGCUGUUCUGGUGCCGCGACAUCUGGAUCUUUGGCGACGUGGGUGCGCUGCUUCUCGAGGACAUUGCGCGGACGAUGCCGGCGGCAUGGCAGGGGCUGCUCGCAUGGCCACUGGCGAUGAUCCAGGGCGCACGGAACGGGCAGCAGGGCCGAGAUCGUCGCGGUGGCCACGGCGGGGACGACGACGGAGGUCACGAAGCGUAA